AUGCUUAAUCGCAGACAUUCAGAUCCCGUAGAAAAGCCGUAUGAAUGUAAGUUUUGCGAAAAAUCAUUUUCUACUCAAUCCAGUGUAACAUCUUAUGAACAUACGCACCGAGAAGAGAAACGAUUCAAGUGUAAAGUGUGCGAUAAAAUCUUCGAUUGGCGAUCUCAGCUUGUCCGUCAUGUUCGAGUUCACUCAGGAGACAAACCCUUCACGUGCAAGUUCUGCGCUAAAUCAUUCAGUGACAGUUCCCAACUUAGAAUUCAUUUACGCAUCCAUACUGGGGAGAGACCAUACAAGUGUAAAGAAUGUGGCAAAGAAUUCACAAAACGAUCAAAUCUCACAAAUCAUCAACGCAUCCAUACUGGAGAGAAACCCUUCAAGUGUACCGUUUGUGACAAAGCAUUUAGGACUCCGUCAAAUCUUUCAAAUCAUAAACGCAUCCAUACUGCAUGGAAACCCUUCAAAUGUAACGUUUGUGGCGAAUCAUUCAGGACUGCUGCACAUCUUGCAGGUCAUCAACGCAUCCAUACUGGAGAGAAACCAUUCCAGUGUCAAGUAUGUAAUAAGGCAUUCAGACAAAUAUCACAUCUCACACGUCAUGAACGCCUCCAUUCUGGAACGACACCAUUUUCGUGUAAAGUAUGUGGAAAGUCUUUCUCUCGGAAAUCCAAUCUAAUAGCACACGAACGAAUCCAUCCCUGAGAGGAACUUAUCAGCGACUGUGACAAGUCUUUCAAUAUUAAAAAAACACCUGGAAGACCAUUCAAAAAACACCGUUAAACAAAAGGCUUCUUUCCCAGAUUAUGGAAAAUGUUCAUUAUAAGUGCGUUUUUGAAAUGCAAGCAGCCCAAUCUGAACUACAAGCAAAACUCACUACUUACAUGCUGACUUCCAUAUGAAACAUCACAAACAUUAUCAUUAUCAUUGUUUUAGAGUUGAUAUACUGUACAGUUUCUAGCCAUGUUACACAAUGCACUUCGUACACGUAUUUCCAUAUCUACCAUUCACAAAAAAAACAGUUGAGCUGAUCAUGUGGCUCGUGUUUUAUAAAAUCAGUACGUUUUCGCGAAUCUUUACUCUUCUGCACGCAUGCUAGGUAUGGAUCCUUUUCCUCAGAAGAGACGCUGUGGUGUUUUGAAGUUGGCACAUAAUGCUAAAUAUGUGAGAUAGUUUAUUCCUGUAUGUACAUGUCUACCUCUGGUCUCAUUUGUAUAGACCCGUUCAAG